AUGGUUCAAUGUCGCGAGUUCCUACGACAAAAAGGUGGGGAUGGUCUAUAUCUAAAGUACCGUAACUUGAUCGGUAGAGGAGCUCCCGCAUAUUCGAAAAAAAUUUUCAGGGUAUCACUUCCAGCUUUCUUCAUGCCCGGUUUCCAAGGAGCUACUGAAGAAGAGUUGGUGUUGGAUCAAGAGGACGGAGCAGAAGAUCCACCAUCCGACCCAGACGAUGGCAUUGGCACUGUGGAAGAUGAUUGUUAA